GGCGGGGCGGGGCAUCUCUGUGACGCCAGGGGCUGGGCCUAAAUGGCGAAACCCGAGAGGCUCCGGGGGGGGUUUGAACUGGCCAAUGGGCGAGCUGCCGACUGGGUGUCGGAAAAGGAGGCGGAAGCGGGGAGGAGCCGCCGCGGGAGCCGGACUGCAUCCGCCGCGGCGUCUCCAUGGCACGACCCUGGCCUCCGACUUCAACGACUUCUUAAGGAGGCGUUUCUGGGCGCAGCCGUGUCGCUCCUGGUUUCCAUCGUGUGGGAAGAAUGGAGUAACGAGUCUCACGCAGAAAAAGGUCUUGAGAACACCUUGUGGCGCACCCAGUGUAACUGUGACGAUCAGCCUUUUUUGUGUUGCCCUCCCCUGCCUGCCCGAAGUGAACCAUGAAGGACCGCUCUUCAACUCCCCCUUUACAUGUUCACGUGGAUGAGAACACUCCUGUCCAUGUCCACAUAAAAAAACUCCCGAAACCAUCAGCCGCCAACAGCCAGAAAUCUCAUAAGCGCGGCAUGAAAGGGGACACCGUGAAUGUGCGGCGGAGUGUCCGGGUGAAAACCAAGGUACCUUGGAUGCCCCCUGGAAAAUCACCUGUCCGCCAUGUGGGAUGCAAGUGGGAGAAUCCACCUCAUUGUCUGGAGAUAACACCACCAUCUUCAGAAAAGCUGGUCUCCGUGAUGCGGUUAAGUGACCUCUCUACAGAAGAUGAUGACUCUGGUCACUGUAAGAUGAACCGUUAUGAUAAGAAGAUUGACAGUCUAAUGAAUGCGGUUGGUUGUCUCAAGUCUGAGGUCAAGAUGCAGAAGGGCGAGCGCCAGAUGGCCAAAAGGUUCCUGGAGGAACGGAAGGAGGAGCUGGAGGAGGUGGCCCAUGAGCUGGCCGAGACAGAGCAUGAGAACACAGUGCUUAGGCACAACAUCGAGCGCAUCAAGGAGGAGAAAGACUUCACUGUGCUUCAGAAGAAACACCUCCAGCAGGAGAAGGAGUGCCUCAUGUCCAAGUUGGUGGAGGCUGAAAUGGAUGGGGCUGCUGCUGCCAAGCAAGUCAUGGCCUUGAAGGAUACCAUCGGGAAGCUGAAAACUGAGAAACAAAUGACCUGCACGGACAUCAACACCCUAACGAGGCAGAAGGAACUUCUCCUGCAGAAGCUGAGCACAUUUGAGGAGACCAACCGCACCCUCCGAGACCUGCUGAGGGAACAGCACUGCAAAGAGGAUUCCGAAAGACUAAUGGAGCAACAAGGUGCAUUACUGAAACGGCUGGCAGAGGCGGACUCAGAGAAAGCGCGCCUGCUGUUACUGCUGCAAGACAAGGACAAGGAGGUGGAAGAGCUCCUCCAGGAGAUACAAUGCGAGAAGGCUCAAGCAAAGACAGCAUCUGAGCUUUCGAAGUCCAUGGAGUCCAUGCGUGGACAUCUACAGGCACAGCUUCGGUGCAAAGAGGCUGAGAACAGUCGCCUGUGCAUGCAAAUCAAGAACCUGGAGCGCAGUGGGAACCAGCACAAAGCGGAAGUCGAGGCCAUCAUGGAACAGCUGAAGGAACUGAAGCAGAAGGGAGACCGAGACAAAGAGACCUUGAAGAAGGCCAUCCGAGCCCAGAAGGAGCGAGCCGAGAAGAGCGAGGAGUACGCCGAGCAGCUGCACGUGCAACUUGCCGACAAGGAUCUUUAUGUUGCUGAAGCUUUAUCCACUCUGGAAUCAUGGAGGAGCCGUUACAACCAGGUUGUGAAAGACAAAGGAGACCUCGAGCUGGAAAUUAUUGUCCUAAAUGACCGGGUGACAGAUCUUGUAAACCAGCAACAAACCUUGGAGGAGAAGAUGCGGGAAGACCGGGACAGCUUGGUGGAAAGACUGCACCGGCAGACAGCCGAGUAUUCCGCAUUCAAGCUCGAGAACGAGAGGCUGAAGGCUAGCUUCGCCCCGAUGGAGGACAAGCUCAACCAGGCCCACCUAGAGGUCCAGCAGCUGAAGGCGUCGGUGAAGAACUACGAGGGGAUGAUUGACAACUAUAAGAGCCAGGUGAUGAAGACCAGAUUGGAGGCUGAUGAAGUGGCCGCCCAGCUAGAACGCUGUGACAAAGAGAACAAGAUCCUUAAAGAUGAGAUGAACAAAGAGAUUGAGGCGGCCCGUCGGCAGUUCCAGUGCCAGCUGGCUGACCUGCAGCAGCUUCCUGACAUCCUCAAGAUCACGGAGGCUAAGCUGGCUGAGUGCCAAGAUCAGCUGCAGGGCUACGAGAGGAAGAACAUUGACCUCACAGCCAUCAUAUCAGACCUGCGCAGCCGGAUCGAACAUCAGGGGGACAAGCUGGAGAUGGCGAGAGAGAAACAUCAGGCUUCCCAGAAGGAAAAUAAACAGCUGAGUCUGAAGGUGGAUGAACUGGAGAGGAAGUUGGAGGCGACCAGUGCCCAGAAUGUCGAGUUCCUACAGGUGAUUGCCAAAAGGGAGGAGGCAAUCCACCAGGCCCAGCUGCGGCUGGAGGAGAAAACCCGGGAAUGUGGGUCCCUGGCGAGGCAGCUGGAGAGUGCCAUUGAAGAUGCCAGGAGGCAGGUGGAGCAAACCAAGGAGCAGGCGCUCACCAAGGAACGAGCAGCCCAGAAUAAAAUCCUGGACCUUGAGACCCAGCUGAGCAGGACUAAAACUGAAGUUGGCCAGCUCCGGCGCAGCCGUGAUGAUGCGGAUCGCCGCUACCAGAGCAGACUGCAAGACCUGAAAGACCGCCUGGAGCAGUCAGAGAGCACCAACCGCAGCAUGCAGAACUAUGUCCAGUUCCUCAAGUCCUCUUAUGCCAAUGUGUUUGGAGAUGGCCCCUAUACCUCCUACCUGACCAGCUCUCCCAUCCGGUCCCGAUCUCCCCCUGCCUGAGGCCACCUUUCUAGGGCUGGGAGCCCUGCCUAUUGCCAGGGAAACUAAGGGGUUGCUAAACCAUAGCUGGAAAGCCUGUUGGUUUUCCUGUCUUCCAGUGAUGAACAAUGUUCAGGGUCCUGACCUUAGCUGCUGACUCUAGAAAAAUCCCUAGAGCAGGAGGAGAUGAAGUAGAAAGCACUCGUUUCUCUCCUCCCUGAAAGAGUUGCCUGGUGGAGUUUGUUAAUGAACUUAACAGGCCUUAAAUUUACUACCUUAGGGUACCAGAGUUUAACUCGCUCUGAUUUUGCUGAUACAGUAAUUCCUGUCCUGAGAACAUUUGGAUUUGGACUGGACUUUUUCCUCCAGUCCCUUUCAGCUCUAAUUUUUUUAGGGAUCUCUUGGGUUUUCUUUGACUUAAGCCAGCCAGAGCCCCUUCUAGGCUGUGAACAUUUUGGCUUUUUUUCUGACUUCAUGGGUAGGGUAGAAUGUGGUAUUUCCCCAGUGCCAGUAGAAACCCAUGCCUGAGUUUCUUUGAGGCUACUUACCCCCAAGCAAGACUCACAUAGAGGCUCAUAUCCACCUGGCCUUACAAGUAUAACCCCAAUCUCAUUGGUUUUUAUUAUUUUUUGUAUCUCUAGAAUGCAUUUAUUCUUGAAAUAUUUGUGUGGUUUUACAAAAAGUUUUUAUAAUUAGUUUUCUAAGGCUCCUUUGGUUGAUUUUCUUUACUUAUCCCUCUUGUAAAAAUGAUUCAGUAAAAUGCUGCAUGAGAGAGAUGUAGUAGAUACUUUCAAAGUACUUGGUACAUGAACCAUCAGGUUUUUCACUUCAUUUUUACCCAGGUUGGUUCUUUCUCUGGGUGCUUUCACUUUAUAAUACACAAGAUGUCUGGAGGAAGCACGCUUUGUGAGGC